AUGAGUCUUGACGAGAAACAAAGAAAAACUCUUGAAGAGGACGACGAAUUUGAAGAUUUCCCUGUGGAUUCGUGGCCCGAGGAUGAGACUUUGAAAGCGACGACGAAUAUCCAGGCUACGUUGUGGCAAGAGGACUGGGACGAUGUGGAGGUCGAUGACGAUUUCACGAAGGAGCUCAGAAAGGAGCUGGAGAAGCAUAAUCAGCAGUAG